AUGGUAGCCCGUCUGACCCGCCUACCGACCCUCACACUCUUCACCAGCGGCCCUGCUUGCUCGUUGUGCGAAGUCGCAAAGGCCGACCUCGCGCAGGUGCAGGCAGUCCAGCCGUUCCAUCUGCGACUGUACGACAUCAGGAAACGGCAGGACGACCCUCUCGAGUACGAGCGAACAGCCUGGCGCCGAUUGUACCAGUACGACGUGCCGGUCUUACACUUCAGCAAAGACGACACGAUUGACUCGCUCGCUGGGAGGAAAGGCGCCGGAGGCCGGGUGAUGAAGCAUCGGAUUGAUAAGGACAAACUCGCUCGUCUUGUCAAGGAAUGGACGGAAGAGACGAAGGAGGGUCAAGCGGCAGAGUCGACGAGCAGAGCUCUAUCGACCGACUCGGCAGACGAGCCACUUGCGAAGCGCCUCGCCGCACUUUCACCGCCUCCUCCUUCUCAGUCGGCAAGCUCUUCGUCAAUAGCAGCAGGAGCCGACGACGAGGACGAACCCCCGCUCUUUCUCGUCACCGCUUCUCCCUCUGCCAUCGUCGAUGACUCGCACUACGCCUUGUUCGGCCUCGGCUUCUCGUACGACUAUGCCUCUUCCUCCGACUCGCAGCUCCACAUCCUUGGCGAAGCCCGCACGCCUUCGCCUCCCCUCGAUACAGCUGAAUCCGGCGGUCCCGGCACCAAACUCAACCACCUCCUCCCUUCCCGCGCCUGUUUCAACUGCGGAUCUCCCGACCACAGCCUCUCGUCCUGUCCCUUCCACCACGACCGCGAAGCAAUAGCCGAGAAUCGCGCACUUUACGCCUCUCGCCGGUCUGCCCUCUCCCUCCUCUCCCGCUCGGGUACGACCACGCCCAAACGCCUGACAGACGGUCGUUCGCCCACCUCGGAGCGCGAAAGAUUCCUCGACUACCUCGAGCGGUUUAAGCCGGGCAUCGUAAGCGAUGAGUUGCGCAGAGCGUUAGGGAGGGGAGCGAAAGCGGGAGCGAUGACGACGGAGGAGUGGCCUUGGAUGGGGAGGAUGCUCGAGUGGGGUUAUCCGCGGGGGUGGACGAUGCUAGAGGGAGAUGUAGACCUGUUCGCUCGCAUGCGCGAGCGCAUCAUGGCGGACGCUUCAAAAGACGAUAUCAAAGACCUAGACGACGUAGACGACCUAGAGAUUUACACCUCGGACGACGAUCAGCGCGCGCCGUCUUGCCCAUCGCGCUCAUCCUCGCCUCCCGCUGCUCCGCCGUUUCGUUCACCUCGACUUUCGCCUCCUGCACCGUCGAUUCUACCUCGGCCUCCUCCUCCACCACCUCCCCCCCCAAGCUCACCACCACCCCCUCCACCACCCGGGACCCCUCCGCCUCCGCCUCCCUCUUCCCCUCCUCCACCUCUCCCGCCUGCCCAACGCAUCCGCCUCGUCGACUACCGAACCUCGCUCUUCGACUCUCGCACGCAUUGGCUCGCGUUCUCCGCUGAGGAGUGGUAUAUGAGCUGGAAUCAGCCUGCGCCGACAGUCAUGGGUGCGAGCGGAGGGGAAGAUGGAGUUGAAGUGAGGCAGAUGGAGGACGAGGGAGAGGCAGAGAUGGAUUUGUCGAGCGCGGGCAGUAGUACUGGCGAGGAGUGA